AUGGCCACCGUAACCAUAGGCAAAUCCUAUUUCGACGCUCUUCUACGCAAAGCUGACUCUUAUCAACAGCAUACUUCCAACCAGCCUGUCAGCUACGGCACUGAUCUCUCGGACAACGUCACCAUCAGUAAGGCAGAACAUGAGUACAUGACCCAAGCAGUGCGAGAGUACCACCUUCUUAAGAGCGCUUUAUUCCGUGGAGGCCUGACGAACCAAACCUUGGAUACACUGCUACAGGGCGAGAAUGGUGCUUCGAACGAAGAGCCGUCGAGUUACGAUUAUGAAUCGCAACACACACAUACAAGAUCGCAGGCUACUACUGUAGCAGCGCCUGCGUCAGCUCGUUACCCGAGAGGGUCCGAUCAUACCUCUGCCAGCCACGGACUCCACCCUAGACCUUCAGCAUCGUUCCGUCGAGUCGUCAGCUACGGGGAAUCGGAGUCUUUCACAGGCGACCUGGACAGCCCACCUGACGAAUAUGACGACCGGGAUCGCGGACCAGCCCAGCGUAUACCGCUCCACGAUCAGCGCACUGUGCUCAUCACCAACCUUUCCGAGCGUACCACACAUAAGGACCUGGCCGGCAUUGUCCGUGGCGGCAGACUGCUGGACAUUUUCCUCCGCAAUGACCGAUCUGCAACGGUAUCCUUCAUCGAAGGAGCUGCCGAAUUCCUUGCUUACGCUAAGCGUAAUGACAUAUAUCUGCACAUGAAGAGGCUUGAAUUCCGUUGGAGCGACCGGCAAUUCCACGUACCACCGCAUGUGUCUAACAAGAUCGCCGGCGGCGCUACGCGGAAUCUUGUCGUCCGAGGCGUUGCAGGCAAGGUCACUACAGAUCAGAUCCGUGGCCAUCUCGAUCACAUCCACAAUCUCAUCGUGGUGGACGUCUACUUCAGGAAUGGCGAUGCAUACAUCUCAACCAACUCUAUCCAUAACGCUUUGUUCGCCAGGACCUGCAUGAUGUCGCGUACUAUAUACAAGGGGAUGCGCAUCGAGUACUAUCCGGAUGAAUGCGCUGGACCGCUACCUCAGCCCAAAAAGGCCCACACUCCCGUCACUCGCGUGCCUAUGAAGCCUGCACCUGUGGUCAACCAGUAUGCUCUUCUGGAUACCGGCUCCGACGAUGGGUCAGAGUCUGAAGAGGAGUUGUACAGGACCAACGGUGUGCAAGUCGAUGGUUACCAUUGGGCUAACGGAAAAUUCCGACUAUCCAAGCUACAUUCUCCAUGCGAAGAGAGGGAAGCCAGCUAUAGAGCUUCAAGUCGAAUCACCAUGAGUGAAGGCAUGGCGAUUAGAAUAAUAAUAUGGGUAUGUUUUCGAGAAGAAGGUCGUGUCGUACAGCUCUCGAUAGGUAUGGCGCCGACGAUCAAAGUUGCUGUUAUCCAACUCUACCCAGAGCCACUACAGCCAGAGCACAAUUUCAACAAAGCUGUUUCAUUCAUCCGCUCAGCAGCAGCUCAGGGCGCACAACUCGCCGUCCUACCCGAAUACCACUUGACAAGCUGGAAACCCAACGAUCCCGAGUUCCUAAACUGCAUCGAACAAUGCUCCGGCUACCUAGAGAAAUACUGCUCUCUAGCCAAAGAAUGUAACAUCUCCAUCGUCCCCGGCACAAUUGUAGAAUCCCACAGAGAAAACUCCGCAGCAGAAGACAAACUCCUCAACGUAUGCUACUACAUCUCGCCCUCAGGAGCCGUAACAGGAAAAUACAUCAAAAAGAACCUCUGGGGCCCUGAACGCGACCACCUCACCGGCUCCCGCCACGACCCGCACGAAGUCUUCGACACACCCAUCGGAAAAGUCGGGCUACUAAUCUGCUGGGAUCUCGCCUUCCCCGAAGCUUUCCGUGAGUUGAUUGCAGGUGGCGCGCAAAUCAUCAUUAUACCCACCUUCUGGACACUCAACGAUUGCAACGAAGCGGGCCUUGCGCGGAAUCCGGCUGCAGAGGCGCUGUUCCUAGAUUCUAUGCUCACGGCACGUGCAUUUGAGAAUACGUGUGCGGUUGUUUUUGCGAAUGCGGGGGGUCCGCCCGGAAUGGGGUAUGCGGGGUUGAGUCAGGUUACUGUGCCGUUUGUUGGGGCGUUGGGGAAACUAGGGGGUGCAGGGGAGGGCAUGUGUGUUGUGGAUUUGGAUAUGCAGGUGCUUGAGGAUGCGGAGAGCAAUUACCAGGUUAGAAGUGAUAUUGCGAGGGGAGAUUGGCAUUAUGUUUAUAGGCAUUCUGGGGAUGGGAAGCUUUGA